AUGGUUUCGUUGGACGUGUUCUUUGCCGAGUACAAGGGGUUGAAGUGGAAGUUCCUGGUUACUGUGGACCACUACCCGGAUUUCUUCGAAGUAAACCUGUUAAAAGAUUUGACUCCUGAAACCGUGAUCGCAGUUUGCAAAGAAAACUUUGCCCGUCACGGAAUACCACAAUUGUUACUGUCGGACAAUGGAACCAAUUUCGUCAAUCGGAAGAUGAUCCAGUUUGCCACGGAAUGGUGCUUCGAACAAGUAACUUCGGCACCUCAUCAUCAACAAGCAAAUGGUAAGUCGGAAGCCGCAGUUAAAAUAGCAAAACGAUUGCUGAAGAAAGCAGAGGAGAGUAAGUCGGAGUUCUGGUAUGCUUUCCUCCAUUGGCGUAAUAUUCCAAAUAAGAUCGGCUCAAGUCCUGUGGCACGUUUGUUCUCUCGUUCAACUCGUUGCGGCAUACCAGCUGGCAUCAGUCAUCUGCUUCCAAAGAUUGUAGAGGACGUUCCAUCAUCAAUUGAAGAACAACGUAAACGAACAAAGCUUCAUUACGAUAAGAAGGUUCGUAAUUUGCCUGUACUGGACAUCGGUUCUCCGGUGUAUGUUCAACUGGAUCCAGCAUCGUCAAAAUUGUGGACUCCAGGUACUGUUUCCAACCGUUUGAAUGAACGCUCGUACCUGGUAGACGUAGAUGGUAAUCAGUAUCGGCGAAGUCUUGUGCAUUUAAAGCCGCGUAAAGAACUUACCAUGCAGCCACAUCGCUCAUCGCCAUCCAGUCCCGUGGAAUCAAUGGCAGGAGAAAAUCGGAACGCAGACCAACAAACGAUUAAUGAUUCUACUUGUCAAAAUAGUCAAAGUAUCGCAGCAGCCACACCGCCUACUAUGACAGAAUCGCAAAAUACGCUGUCAAGUUCAUCACCACGUGAUUUGCAAGCAAAUGGAAUGCCGAACCAAGUGGAGCGGCCAAGAAGGAAGACACGCUUGCCGGAACGUUUGAAGGAUUAUCAGUUGGAGCUUUAA